UGAGAUACCUUGUCUCAAACAAGAAAAACACAACCUUCUUUAUAAGGUUUAUUAAAUGAUGAAGAAAAAAUGUGAACUCUGCAAAAGUCCAGCAAAGUUGUUCUGUGAAUCAGAUCAAGCAAGUCUUUGUUGGGAAUGUGAUACUAGGGUUCACACUGCAAAUUUCAUAGUCACAAAACAUCAAAGGUUUCUUCUUUGUCAUAUUUGUCAAUCUUUAACUGCUUGGCAUGGAACUGGACCCAAGUUUGUUCCAACCAUGUCUCUUUGUGACUAUUGUGUUUCUCUUACCAACAAUAACAAUGAUCAUCGAGACGACGACGACGAUGACGAUGACGACGAUGAAGAUACCGAUGAAGAUGAUGAUGAUGAAGAAAAUCAAGUUGUUCCAUGGAAAUCUACACCUCCUCCACCAGUUUCUUCUUGUUCUUCAAAUAGUGCAACUACAUAUUAACUAGAAAAAAAUAAAUAUUUUGUUCUUCUAUGUACUAAUUUUGAGGUUUUUGUUUUAGAAUCAUAGGUUUGUAACAAAAUUAGUUUCUAGUUUAUGUGUUGUGAUAAUAAUAAUAAUCAUAAUUUUGUAGUAAAUGCUUUAGUUUAAUACUAAAAAUGGUGUCUCUUAGAUUAUGCUUGAAUAGUUUUUGUGAUUGAUGGUUUUGAUUUUACUUGAUUUGUGUAAAUUAUGAAAGAUUUUGUUUGAUUUUGAGAUUAAAGGAUAGCAACCUUUUAAUUAAUUAGUGUGAUUUACCAAUAAAAUGAGGUUUUGAACCUGAGAUUAGGGAAGUGGGUCCAACUAAAUUCGACAUUACCACGUGCCUUCCAUAAGCAUAUUUUAGUAUUCAAGUAGCAAGUUGGCAAUGUACAUUGUAUAAAGCAAGA